AUGCCAGUCUCCUGGCCUCCAUCUUCAACCAACCCAUUUGGUAUUGCCACUUUGUCCCUCGGCAACUGGCGAGAACAUCGUUUGGAACCACGAUUGAAAGCCGCGGCGGAAGCCGGAUAUCAAUGGAUCGACUUGUUCGAUGAGUGUUGGGCUGCGUACCUAGAGGAACACCAAUUGCCAGGAGAUCAACUUUGGGAACCGACAGCCGAGAAUCUGCAGGUUGCUCGAAAGUUAGCAGAUGUUGUCAAGUCGUUGGGAAUGCGGAUAGCUUGCACCCAGCCCCUUCGGAAGAUCGAAGGAAUUAAGGAUCCAGCCGAGCGCCAGGCAACCUUAGAUCUAGUCGCAAAACGAUUUCCAUUUAUGCGCGCUUUUGACACCGAUCUUGUCUUUAUGUGUGCGAAUAUUCGCACAGACGAAGGCGUAACAUCUGAUCUUAAGACGGUCGCGAGAGACCUCGCAGAACUAGGCGACAUGGCAGCCGCAUUCUCCAAAGCCGAUGGUGGGCGCAUGUUGAGAAUAGGAUACGAGGGCCUAUCAUGGGCAACUCGAAACACAUGGUCUGCUUCAUGGGAAGCUGUGCGAUUUGCCAACCGUCCUAACGUUGGGCUGAUCGUGGAUGCCUUCAAUAUCCUAGCCGUCGAGUUUGCCGAUCCGUACAAUGUUGCUGGCCACGGUCGAAUCUACCCAACCUUGAAGGAAUCUCUAGAUGUUCUUACCGGAUCACUGGCGUCAUUGGCUUUGACGGUACCGGGUGAUCGGAUAUUCUUCUUUCAGUGCGGCGAUGCGGAGUUGAUGAACCCAGCGACUUUCCUCCCUCCGCCUGACCCAGAAACACCAGCACUGCUCCCAUGGUCGCGAAGCCAUCGACUAUAUCCCUUUGAGAAAUCUAGAGGUGGGUAUAUGCCGGUUGAGCUUGUUGCGGCUGCCGUGCUUGCUACCGGAUACCAAGGCCCAAUCUCGCUUGAGGUGUUCAACGCAUCACUGAAUCAACCAGGAAAAAAUGUGCCAGCGGAGCAUGCUUCAAGAGGAAUCAAUGGUCUUCGUCUGUUGCGCGAAACUGUAAAGUCCAUUCCAGCGUUUUGGCGGAGUCACGAGUAUAACGCAAACUUAUAG